AUGACUAAUUCUGUAUGUGUUGUAUGGAUGCAAUUUACAUUGGGUGAAGAAGACCAGGGUGAAGAAACAAUAGAUUAUUUCAUAGUCGGCUUGAGAAACGACAAUUUGAAUAUGAUUAGAGGUACAUAUUACUUUUGUGGGCAAUGUCCAGCAAAGGCUCAAAUUUCAACAAAGCACAAGUUGAAGUGCAAUGCCUUCCUCCCUAAACAACGAUACUUGAUUGUCCAGCAAGCUGUCAAUAGUGGUCAACUGGAAAUCUACCUAGCUUAUCCAAAGUCUGAUUUGACAUUGACAUCCUGGAUGAAGCAGUACAUGGAUGAGCCGACGAAGACAUACAGCGUCAUGUUGCUCGGUAACGUGUUGCACGAGACGAGGAGACGCAGUUUAUUGGACUGUGUGGUUCUGUGCAGCGUUGAAGCGUCGAGGCAAUGUGACUCGUUGAACUACUGCAAGUCGUCGGGCCUCUGCCAGUUGAACUCCCACAAGUAUGGCUACCAAAGAACCUCCAUUCAAAUUGUCAACGAUGAUACAUCGAGAUGGAAGGGGGAAAGUCUGGAGUAA